AUGGUAAAAAUUUUUAUAAAUGUAGAAACGCCAUUGAGACUAUACAAUACUUAUAAUUGUGACAAACAAGAUCUGUUAGCUCCAGAUCGACACGAUAGUUUGAUGGACGAGGGUGUGUACGAUCAUCAUGCGGUACCAACAGAAGUCUACCGAUUCAGCGAUACCAACAUUGGACAGUUGUGUUUAACAAUAUGGACACUAGGCAGCCAUCUUGCUUUGAUUGGAUUCAUCUUGUGUUGCGGAAAACUCCGAAGAAACCCGAAGAACAUACUUAUUAUAAAUAUAUUGUUGACUAACCUACUCGUGGGAUUUUUCAUUGUUCCGUUCCUAGUCCAUCUUCAGUUAACGUCCUAUCUUUCGUGUCCGUUACGAAUCGCUCUUAAGCUUUGUAACGACUAUCUUUACGUCUUUCUGUUUCUGAUGACUGUUCUCAGCGCAGUCAUCGAACGCAGCAUAUUUGUGAUAAAAAAAACGAACCUUAACGGACUUUUAAAAUGGAUCGUAACCGUAAUUCUGUUCCUAGCGCCGUGGAUUAUAGCCGCCAUUUUGAUUCUUCCGUUGUUUUAUGUCGGAAUGGGCGACCCGGAAACAGACAAAGAAUGCGUCUAUACCGGAGACCAAGAUUUGUUCAUAGCCGCACAAGUAGUGAGUUACAUCCUCCCUGGAUUACUGAUUGUCCCUCUUGCUCUCGUUACCGGGGUGUAUCACGUGAAAAAGAUCGAAGUCAAACCAUUGGAGAAAAUUUUAAUUCUGUUAAAACGAGAAGCUGUAUCUGUGAUUUCAUUGGUUACCGUAUUCUCACUCGUGAUGGAGGUACCGUCAUUUGUGGUCGGAAUGCUGAAUAUGACGAUGCAUUGCACUGGUCCGUCCUGUCUAGGAUUACGUGGUACAGAAAUAGCACUGUGGGUUCGAAUCAUCAAGAUAUCGGUGUACCCCUUUCUGUGGCUAGCGUACAGUGAUAUAAGGAGUUGUCUCCCAUGUGUAUGUUUCAAACCGCUGGACUAUAUCAUUGAUCACAAUCGAGAGCUGAAAGAGAUCGAAGCCUCGGGCGAUACCCAGCCUCUUAAACUCUACAGUGAUACUGCCCUGGAAGUGUGGGGGACGAGGAGGGGUGAUUCGAGGGGUCGGGAUGAUGAGUUGAUGAUGUAG